UUUUCAUUCCAUUUUCCCCCUGUAGGCAAAUCUGGGUUCCAUUGAGUUCUCGUUCAUUUUCUCAAAGAGAUCAGAAAGUAGGAGGAAGAAAGGGAAAGGAUGAGUGGGAGUAACCUGGAGACGCGAUCAUUGAUCGAUGAGCUGAGGAGCUUCGACAGCGGCGGUUACUUCGAUCUAGGCCACCCUCUUCUCAAUCGCAUUGCUGAAAGCUUCGUUAAAGCUGCUGGGAUCGGAGCGGUGCAAGCUGUGUCUCGCCAUGCUUAUUUUACUGCUGUUGAAAGUGCUAGUGGGGAUAUAGGUGGAAGUGUUCCUCCAGAGAUUGGUGGCUCCAAGAAGAACAACAGAUUUCCUGAUCUUAGAGGUGAAACUAAUCGCAAGUCCGUUGAAGCAUUGGUCAAGAGCACCGGAAAGGAAUCUCUGCAAUGGGGACUAGCAGCCGGCGUGCAUUCGGGCCUGACUUACGGUUUGAAAGAAGCUAGAGGUGUUCAUGAUUGGAAAAACAGUGCGAUGGCUGGAGCGAUCACCGGAGCGGCGAUAGCCCUGACAGCCGAUGACCAUUCCCACGAGCAGAUUGUGCAGUGCGCCAUCACCGGAGCUGCCAUAUCCACGGCAGCGAAUCUUCUGACCGGGAUAUUUUAGGUGGGGACAAUGUCCCAAGUUGUUAUGUUAGUAGGAUCAUCUUCCCCGGACAUAAUCGACAGUUGUUCGUGUUUUGGUUGUGCAAUAAUCAAUAUGGUCUCUUGAAAGUCUUUUAUUUUAUGUGCGUUUACUACUAUGGGAGACCUUAAGGUAGCCUUUUGUCUUGUGAUUUUUGUUACUGAUGUUAUUCGAAAUUACUUGCUAUC